GGUUUACUAAAGGCUACUUUUAUACGAACAAUGAUAUUCUUGUAUCAAUUCUACACACAUAUGUACUACGUGGUGUAACAUCUUUCGACGGGUGAUGACGUAUAGAUUUCGACCUUCUAGAACCUUGGGACUCUUUAACUCAGGGAUCCGCAAGUGCCCGUGACCCGGCGUCACAGUGGCGGCAGGUGCACAACCCCGGAUUUGCAAGCGCGACUGCAUACCAGGCACCUUAAACCACUGGUGCGUUUGGCUUUCAAUUGAUUGAUGCCUAUUUGGUCUUUCGAUCUACAACUUCUAAGCGUCUACAUCAUACGUAGACACUUACGUACUACCCGUCAAGUACAUUCGAAUGGUACAACCGACAACACUACCUCGACUAAUAGGAUGAUAUCCUAACCGAACAGGCCGAAUAAACCGAACAUGCGCGAGGACCCUUGACUUUUGGUUAUCGCGUUUCUCUGAAAGGCGUGCCCCGCAUGUCUGCGAACAAUGCUCCUCAACCGGUGAAGCUUUCACUGCCUCUCGAAUAUCAGCAGCACCUCUUCCAAGAACUUCGCGCCGAAGAUGAACUCGUCGUUAUUGCGAAAGGCCUCGGCCUUAUGCGCCUCGUUACCAAUCUACUACAUAGCUACGAUGCCGCCGGAAAUAACUUGAUAAUAGUCGUAGGUGCCGAAGAUAGGGAAAAUGCUUGGAUGGGGGAGGCUCUCGCCGAAUCUGCUGCCAUCAGCAUGGCUCCCAGAGCAAGAGGUCUGACUGUAGUAAACACCGACUUCACCAGUGUCGCGGCCAGGGAGAAGAUGUACGCAAAAGGUGGAAUAUAUAGCAUUACUUCUCGAAUCUUAGUCGUCGAUCUUUUGACGAGUCUUCUCGAUCCAGAGACCAUCACUGGUCUAAUUGUGCUACACGCCGACAAGGUGAUAGCAACCUCGCUUGAGGCCUUCAUCCUUCGAGUAUAUCGCCAAAAGAAUAAGAACGGUUUUCUUAAAGCGUUCUCUGAUAAUCCGGAUCCCUUCACCAUUGGGUUUUCUCCAUUGGCUACGAUAAUGAGGAAUCUAUUCCUUCGAAAGGCUUCCUUAUGGCCGAGAUUCCACAUGACAGUAGCUAGCUCCCUCGAAGGCAAAAAGAAGGCAGAGGUCAUCGAGUUAGAAGUAACCAUGACCGACGCGAUGAGAGAUAUCCAAACAGCGAUCAUGGAAUGCGUCGAAGUUAGUAUUCACGAGCUGAAGAAGAGCAAUACGGGAUUAGAAAUGGACGAUUGGAAUCUUGAUAGCGCAUUACUAAAGAAUUUUGAUGUCAUGGUUCGAAGACAACUAGAUCCAAACUGGCACAGGGUCAGUUGGAAGACGAAGCAGAUUGUCAGCGACUUGACAGUUCUCCGCGGUCUGUUACACUCAGUCCUAGCCUUGGAUAGUGUGACUUUCCUACAACAUUUGGACACCAUUCAUGCUGCGCACUCCCCGCAGCCAGGAUCCACAAGACAGUCUCAAUCUCCGUGGUUAUUCCUCGAUGCUGCCCAUACAAUUUUCGAUACCGCCAAACGGAGAGUAUAUGCCAGCAAUGCUAAAGCUAAUGCGAAAUCAUCUCUCGAUUCCCUCCGUCCAGUGUUAGAAGAGCAGCCAAAAUGGGCUCUCCUUGCAGAGAUCUUAGAGGAAAUUGACAGAGACUUAUAUUUCGAUCCUCCGAUGAGAGAUGAUUCUAAUGGAACCAUCCUUAUCAUGUGUUCUGAUACUGCGACCACUCGUCAACUCCGAGAUUAUCUGCAAACAAUGCAUGUGAAACCCAAAGCUGAAAGCGACGGAAAGCAGGGCAAGGAAGAACAUAAGACUUCUGGAGCAUUUAUGAUGAGAAGGAAACUUCGAAGCUAUCUCAACUGGAAGAAAGAAUUCGCGCAGGUCAGCAAUGCUUUACUAACCGAAAAUCAAAAGGCUCUUGAGGGAGCGGUCGACCCACGAAUAGCCCAAGGCACAUACAAGGGGAGAGCACCAGCGAACAAAAGGCGACGAGUGCGAGGAGGUGGCUCUACAGGUGCGGCACCGGGCAGAACUGCUAAUGGCAGUGUGGCUCAGUACUUCGAAAAGCCUAGUGAAGUUGCCGAACUCAUGGACGAAAUGCAAAUUACAGAAGAAGAAGCGAAUCAGAAAGCCAGCAUCAUUGAUGAUCCGUUAGAAGACAUGGACGAUUAUUUCGAGCUUUAUGAGAUGCAAGAUCUAGUCGUAGUACAUGCUUACGAGGGUGAUCAGGAUGAACAUGUCCUCGAAGAGGUGAAACCAAGAUAUAUAAUCAUGUAUGAACCAGACGCUUCCUUCAUACGCCGAAUCGAAGUUUAUCGGUCAUCUCAUAAUGACAGAAACGUCCGGGUAUAUUUCAUGUUCUAUGGCGGGUCUGUUGAAGAACAACGGUACCUUGCUACAGUCCGACGAGAGAAGGAAUCGUUUACUAAGCUCAUCAAAGAGCGAGCCAGCAUGUCUAUUGUCAUGACAGUUGAUUCUCACGGUGUAGAGGACCCUCAAGAGGCAUUUCUAAGAACAGUGAACACCCGAAUAGCCGGCGGUGGCCGAUUAGCAGCUACGGCACAACCUCCCAGGGUUGUCGUCGACGUGCGGGAGUUCCGGUCAUCCCUCCCUUCCCUCUUGCACGGGCGCAACAUAAUCAUCGUGCCAUGUAUGCUCACGGUCGGGGAUUACAUCUUAUCGCCCAACAUCUGCGUCGAGCGCAAGUCGAUCAGCGAUCUAAUCGGCUCGUUCAAGGACGGGCGACUGUUCACGCAAGCGGAGGCGAUGUUCCAGCACUACAAGAACCCGAUGCUGCUCAUCGAGUUCGACCAGAACAAGUCGUUCACGCUCGAGCCGUUCGCGGACCUGUCGGGCAACCUCAAGUCCGUCAAUCCCAACGAGGUGCCGUCGGACCUGCAGUCCAAGAUCGUGCUCCUCACGCUCGCCUUCCCGCGGCUGAGGGUCAUCUGGAGCAGCAGCCCGUACCAGACGGCGGAGAUCUUCGAGGGCCUCAAGACGCAGCAGGACGAGCCGGACCCGGUGGCGGCGGUCCGCGCGGGCUUGGACAAGGACGCGAAGGCCGAGGACCAGGCGUUCAAUCUCGAGCCGCACGAGAUGCUGGGCGUCGUGCCGGGCGUUACGCCGAAGAACUUGAAGAAUUUGACGCUGGAGGCGGAGAAUGUGAGAGAUGUAGCGAAUAUGAGCGUGGAAGAGAUGGACCCGCUUAUUGGGAGGGAGGCGGCGAGACAGGUUCACGGGUUCUUCAAUCGGAAUUUGAUCGAUAUUGAUGAUUGAACCUACCCAAGUAGUUGUAUAUGCUCCAGAUAAUUGGAUGGAGUACGAUUAAAACGAUAGAAUCAUGAUCACGAAUAUUUGACACGAAG